AUGACAAGAGGAAAUCAACGCGAAGUAGAUAGAAUCAGAUCAUCAAAAAGAAAUGACAAAGCAAAACAGAAUAGCACCGUUAAAGAUACUUCAAAGAAUUUGAAUGUUGUUUGCAAAUUAUGUAGACACACUUUUAUGUGCACAGUUAAUCAGUCCAUACUAAAGGAACAUCAUGAGAAGAAGCAUGCGAAACAUGCGUAUGAGGAUUGUUUUUGA